GGACUGGAAUUGGGUGAAACAAAGGCGUUUCACAACCGGUGGCGUGGCACAGGGGGACGGCCAGGCUAUAAGAGAUGCCGCACUUGGGACCGGCCCUGCUCCAGCCUGAGUGGAUCUCGCUACUUCGUCAAGAUGAGCAAGACCCCCCAGUCCCAGGAACAGCUCUCCGAGCUGGAGAAGGCCAUGAAUGUCAUCAUUGAUGUCUUCCACCAGUACUCAAGACGGGAGGGGGACAGAGACACCCUGACCAAGAACGAGCUGAAGCUCCUGAUUGAGAAGCAGCUUGCAAACUACCUGAGGAACGUGAAAAACAAGGCCACCAUCGACGAAAUCAUGAAGGACCUCGAUAUCAACAAAGAUGCGCAGAUCUCCUUCUCCGAGGUGAUGCUGCUGAUCACCCGUGUGACCAUCGCCACCCACGAACACCUCCACGACGUCGAGGACCACCAGCAGCAACACCAGCACAAACACCAGCACCACCACUGAGGUGGGAGGUGGUCCCCGGCCAAAGGCAGCCAUUCGGUGCUUGGAGCUUUCUCCACCCCUCUCUGCCCACUUCCCUCCUCCCCUUCCCUCGAGUUUAAUGCUUUUGCUGCCAAAUAAAGAUUUGCCCUGAGGCUGUCAAAGCUCA